AUGUCGGCCAUUUUUCUAUUGGCAUCCCGGAAUAAUGUUGUUGGAGUCAAGGCAUGGACGUCGUCCUCAUCCAAUCUUCUUCGCCGGCAUGCUAGAGUAAAGGGCCGUUUUUCAUCUCCCCCCUUGACGCGUUGCUUUGUCAGUCAGUCAUCCAGUAGUAGCAGUGGCAAAAAGAAGAGCAGCCAGGCGAAAAACAAAUGGACCCGAAAGACAGGAGGGAAAAAGGUUACCUUGAAUAAAGAACUUCAUCAACAACAAGCGGCAGAUAAGUUGGCGGCUGCGUUUGAGGAAUUGGCCGGCAAAGAAGGCUUUGGUGCUUCUUCUUCGAGUUUCUUUGCCAAGGAUUCCACCUUUGAAGAGCAAUUCCAAGACGAAGAUUACGAAGGCUUUUUGGAUGAUGACGACGAAUUGGAGGGUGACGAGGAAGAGGAUUCCGCCAAUUAUUGGGGAGAUGGUAGUCUGGAAAAUAAUGAUGAUGGAAUAGACUACUCUGACGAUGGAGGUCCCGUCGUAGGACAAGCCCAAGCUUCUGAUGCCAGUAUGGAAGCAAGAAUUGCUGCUGCCAAACCAGGUCGUUCCUCCCAUUUGAAAGGGGACGACCUGGAGGAUUUGGAUUUGGGUGAUUUUGAUCUACCAUUAGGAGACGACGACAAUGAUGAUGACAUGGACGCUCGUUUGGCGGCAGCACAACGUGAUUUAGUUCGAGGUCAAGUCUCCCCUGAUUUGGGAGACAUUACGCGAGACGAUAUGAAACGAUUGGGAUUCCGAACGGAACUCAAUCCCUUUGAGGGAGAUAUCGACACCCCACGGCAAGAGGAAUUCAAACUUAUUACCAAUCCAUUGACGUGUUCCGCCUGUGGAGCAGACUUUCAAUGCAAAAACAUUAGCAAACCGGGAUAUCUGCCACCCGAAAAGUUCGAACAUCAGGAGAAAUUGGACAAACUGCAAGAUUUGCAAGAACUAAAACAAAAAGCAGAGUCGGCAGAAUGGACUCCAGAGGAUGAAGUGGAAUGGUUGUUGCAAACAUCUGGUGGUGGUGACGAGGACGCUCCGCCGAUGGACGCGUCGGAAGAUAUCGAUAUGGAUGCCGCCGCGGCAGAGUUGGGCAUUGAUCUUGGACACGAAUUGACCAAAACGAAAAAGGUCAUUUGCAAACGAUGCCAUGGACUCCAAAAUUUUGGACAGGUUGACGAAGCUUUGCGGCCUGGAUGGACCGAUGAACCACUCAUGAGCCAACAAAAGUUUCGGGAUCUCCUACGACCGUUGAGCGGGAAACCUGCUGUCUUGAUUGCCAUCGUCGACUUGUUUGACUUUUCCGGGUCUGUCCUCCCCGAGCUGGACGCUAUUGCUGGAGAAAAUCCUGUCAUUUUGGCGGCCAACAAGGCUGAUCUGUUGCCACCCAAAAUGGGACAGCACCGAGCUGAAACAUGGGUCCGUCGGGAACUAGAGUACAUGGGAGUACAAUCCAUUGCCAAUAUCGGUGGCGCGGUACGACUGAUCAGUUGCAAGACAGGGAUGGGCGUCCAUGCCAUGCUGGGAAAGGCCAGAAAGUUGGCAGAGGAAAUCGAUGGCGAUGUGUACGUCGUAGGAGCUGCCAAUGCCGGAAAAAGUUCUCUGAUGAACUACAUCUUGCGAGGGAAAGAGGAACCCAGCAGUGGCCCAAAACAAAGGAAGCGUGCUGGAAACCAAAAUCAAAGAAAGGGAGCCCUCACUACCAGUCCACUGCCGGGUACAACCUUGAAGUUCAUCAAGGUCGACCUUGGUGAAGGACGAAGCAUCUAUGAUACUCCUGGUUUGUUGGUUCCUGGCACUCUCACACAGUUACUGACACCAGAAGAGCUCAAGAUUGUGGUACCCAACAAGCGUGUGGAACCCAUCACCUUCCGAGUCGAAGCUGGCAAAUGUGUCCAGGUCGGAGGUUUGGCACGGAUAAGUGUGAUUGGUGACAGCAAACCAUUCUUGUUCACCUUUUUCGUAGCAAAUCAAAUCAAGCUGCACCCGACCAGUCAGUCGAAAGCUGAUGAGUUUGUGGCCAAACAUGUUGGCAAGCUGCUAACUCCUCCAUUGGAACCUGGUCCCGAACGCAUGGAGCAGAUUGGUGAAUUUGAAACUCAUGUUGUCGAGAUUGAUGGCACAAGCUGGAAAGAGGCUGCAGCUGAUAUCACACUCACCGGUUUGGGAUGGGUGUCUGUCACUGGCCCAGGAAAAGCAAUGGUCGAGAUCAGGGUUCCAAAGGGUAUCGGUAUUCAAGUGCGACCGCCCCUGAUGCCCUACGAUAUGUGGGAGGUUGCAGCCAAAUAUACAGGUGGCCGAGCAAUACGAAAGAGUGGCAAGUCCAUCAGUGGGAAACGGCGAAAAGGAGUUGGCAGGAACUAG